GAGGUGGACAAAGACAGUGAAGGUCUCUGAGACGAGCUCCUCCCAGUAGGCGGGUCCUGUGAGGCGCAGUGUGAGCAGCUCACUUUCUGCUCCUCAUCCUUACCAGAGACAGUCCUGCUGCUGCUGCUGCUGCUGCUGCUGCUCGAUGAGACUGUGAGCUGACCUAAGGUGAAGAUGAAGUCCUCCCUCGUCGUCUGCCUGCUCGUCUGCUCCUCUCUGGUCGGACUCGGAUCAGCCAUCCGCUGCUACAGCUGCAGUGACUACACCGGUAGCUGCUCCAAACAGAGACACUGCAGCUACGACGACGCCUGCCUCACGCUCAAUGAACGAGGUGGGAUGACCUUCCGCCAAUGUCUGAAGUACUCUGACUGUGAGAAGAACCGCCUGGCUCAGAUGUUCCCCCAGGUGUCCAGCUUCACCUUCAGGUGCUGCAACUCCGACCUGUGUAACUCCGCCCCCUCCUCUGCAGCCAGCUCAAUGAUUGGUCUGCUGGCCUCGGUGAUGGUCAUGUGGUGGUGCGUCCACUGAGGACUCCACAGCGCCCCCUGCUGCCAGCAUGUGUAACAGACUUAUUGCUGUGGAUCUAAUCAAUGCUAACAGGAAGCCAGGAGCCAUCGUCAGGGUGCAGCGCCCCCUGGAGUCCCAGUCUGGAGCCACAGGCUGGAGUCACAGUCUGGUGGAUGGACAGGAAGCUGAUGGCGGCGUCUCAGCCACUAAUUAAGGAUCACAUUAAUGCGUAAUUUACCUGCCUAAUUAACUCUCUGCUGAAGUGUUUGAGGAACAUGUUCCAGUAACUCCUAGAUGUUCUGUUUCUGUAUCUGCGAGCAGCUUUAGAGCAAUAAAAGGUUUUAAAACAAGGA